UCUCUUCUGCACAAUGGCUGCUGGCUUCACUGGUACCCAGGUCUAUCAGAGUGACUUUGACCCUAAGAUCUAUUUAGAUACAUAUUAUGGGGCUGUAACAGGAGUUUUCAUUAAAGAUGGCUACCUAGAUUUCAUUUUGAGAAAACUGCACAAAGCGUUUACUACUGGUGGUGUUAAAGGACAGUUACUGAUUGAUAUUGGCCCUGGACCUGCCAUAUACCAGGAGCUCUCAGCCUGUGAGGUCUUUAAAGAGAUCACUGCAGCAGAUUUUACAGACCGUAACAGAGAGUACUUGGAGAAAUGGAGGAGAAAUGAACCUGGACUUUUUGACUGGACACCGGCACUAAAAUUUGUUUGUGAUUUGGAAGGUCAAAGCGGAAAAUUGAAGGAGAAGGAGGCGAAGCUACGGAAGACGCUUAAGAGAGUCGUGCAAUGUGACGUGACUAAGAGCAAUCCCUUGGAUCCGCUGGUGCUGCCGAAGGCUGACUGUGUUCUCACGGUGGGGUGCCUGGAAUGCGCAUGUAAAGAUGAGCAGGCAUAUAGAAAUGUCAUUAAAAACCUCUCAUCUCUUGUAAAAGUGGGAGGGCAUCUGAUUAUAGGCAGCAUAUUAGGUAGCACUAUAUUCAGAUGUGGAUCCAAACAGUUCUCACUGAUCAAUUUAAGUGAGGAUUUCCUUAAGAGGGUCAUGACUGAGACAGGAUUUGCUAUUGAAGAUCUAGAAGUUCUUCCCCGCGAAUAUGAUAAAGCCAUGUAUGAUAUCUGCAAUCACACUUCUGGUAUUUUUAUCCUUGCACGCAAAAUCAAAGAUGUAUAAUAGUCCCCAACAAGAUAUCACUGUAAACCAUAACACUUAAAGGGACAGUAAAAAAUAGGAGAUUGUAUUGUAAUCAAAAUGCCCUUAUAAUUCAUAUGAGUAAAUAUAACAUCAUUUA